AUGUCCAGCUACGAGAAAAAAACCAGCAAUCGCAAAGGCGACAAUCGUAAAAAGGGCCAAGCUCACCAAAACACAACAGCUUGGAAGCCAAACAAGAAUUCCAAAAAGACAAAGGAGAUCAACGCCUUGCCAGUUUACGGAUUGUGCCAGCGAUGUACCGACGUUAUCCUUUGGCGUAAGAAAUACAGAAAAUACAAGCCGUUGACUACUGUAAAACGAUGCACCAACUGUCAAGAGAAGGCCAUCAAAGAAGCCUACCAUGUGCUUUGUGAUAAUUGUGCACGAGCCAAAAAAGUCUGUGCAAAGUGCUUGGAGAGCAAGGAGAUUGUCACUGAUAAAAGCGAGAUCAAGACGAAUAAGGAUAUGCAACGUGAAGAGCAGGAACAAAUGCGAUUACUUAAAAAGAUGCCAUUGCGACAACAACGAAGCUACUUGAGAAAACUUGAACGAGGCGAUGAAGUGCCCGAGCUCAAUGAAGAAGAUUUCGAAGACAGCGACUUUGACUUUGGCAGUGAUUUUGACAGCGAUUUUGAAGAUGAAGAUGAUGAUGAUGAACGCAAUGACCAGGAAAAGAAGACCACAGAUGCAGUAGAUGAAAAAUUAUCAUCCAAGGCAGAAGCAAGCCUGAAGCUUUGA